AUGUUAGAAUGGCUUACAAGAAAUAAUGUAGAGACUUCACUAAGCAUGAGAAAAGCCGAGCUUUUUGAUGUCAUAAAACUGCAUGCACCCCAGGAGAAAACUUUUAAAAUGGACCAGCUCAUCCGUAGUCACGGACAUGAGGUUUUAAGAUUGCCACCGUACAUGUGCGACUUAAACCCAAUUGAGUUAGCAUGGGCAAAAAUCAAGAGAGUUGUGAGGGAGUACAACGUUAACUCAGAUUUAACCCUAACAAGGUUGAAAGAAGUAACGGAGAUGGCUAUAAACCAGGUGACAGAAAUAGAUUGGUGUGGAUUUGAUGAUCACGUUAUAAUUUUGGAAGAGACGGACAAAAAGACGGAUUAUUGGAAAAUACGAUCGACAAAUUCGUAA